AUGCGGCUCAUUAGCGGGGGCCCCACAGGGGCCCUCCGCUGCAUUCAGUUACUUGGGCCUCGUCUGUUGCACUGCACGGAACCGGCAGCAGCAGCAGCAGCAACAGCAGCAAAGACUCAGGCACCGUUGCUCUCCUCUUCUCCUUCUAGCUUACGGGGCUUUCCACUUGGUGAACGACUCGUGCUGCAGCAACGCCAGCAGCUGCAGCAACACAAGCAGCCGCAGCAACAGCAGCAACGGGCAGCAGCAGCGGCACUCCACACUGCUGCUGGAGCAAACCCCAUUUCUUAUGAUUCGAGGGGCCCCCGGGGGGCCCCUCCCCUUGUGGACCUGCCGCAUUACGUUCAGCAGUUGACACUGGGAAAUUGGACCCUUUACUUCUAUCCAAUUCCUCAGUACCUCAAGUCCAUUGAAGGGGCCCCCUGGGGGGCCCCCGUGGGGGCCCCCGGAAGGGCCCCUGCGGAGGCCCUGUCGGGGGCCCCCGGUGAGGGCCCCAGCGCGUGGAAGGGUGCUCUGCUUGUCGCAUCGAUGCAGCCGCAGCUGUUAUGUGUGGAGUGCUGCAGCAGCAGGCUGCAGCGGUUAACAGCAGCAGCAGCAGAUGCUGCAGCAGCAGCAGCAGAAGGGGGGUCGCUAGAGGAGGAAACAAGAAAGCAGCAAAGGAGGCUGGCCAAAGGCUUCUCGCUUCUUACAUCCUUUGACGGCGGGUUGCUGCAUGCCGCACUGCUUCCAAUAGUAGUCGCUGCGAUGGGUUUACCAGGCCGUUAUUGGGGGCCCCUCGCAGCAGAGGUGGGGGCCCCCCCCCCCGCGGGGCCCCCCUCCUCCUCUGGGGGGCCCCCCCCUGUGGGGGCCCCUGCUCUGCGCGCGCUGUACCCUAUUGACAGGGAUAGAGUCUGUACUGCACGGAGACUGCACGAGUGUUUGCUGCUGCAAGCGACGCAGAUGCGAGCUCUCAGGAGGUGCGUGCUGGAUGCUUUAUCACAGCGUUGGGCCUGGGGGCCCCCCCGCCCUGUGUGUGGGGGCCCCCGAGGGGGCCUCCAAGGACCCUCCUUUCCUCACCAAGGGGGGGACAUCGUGGGCGGGGGGCCCCUGGGGGCCCCCCGUGAGUGGGGGGCCCCGCAGUGGGCGGAGCAGCAGAAAGAACUGUUCCCUUCUGGGUACCAAGUGCUGCUGGAGGAGAGGGCCUCCUGUGCAGCAGCAAACAUAUGGAAUGCUAUUCAAGAGACAGAAGAAAAACUAAGAGAGGGGGGGCCCCCAGGCGGCCCCUGGGCCGAGGGGGCCCCCCUGGUAGGGGCCCCCGUAGGAGGGGCCCCCAAAGAGAGAGACAGAGGGUACCGACUGCGAACACAGGAGGGGCCCCUCUUAGGCAUUGUCUUCUGUUCAACGGCGUUGCUGCCGCUGGUGAUGGAGUCGCUGCAGCAGGUGCAUGCGCUAGAAGCCCCAAAGGCAGCAGCAGCAGCAGCAGCAGCAGCAGCUGCUGCUGCUGCUGCAACUGGGGAGCAGCGGCCGUGCUACCGCACGUCGCUAUUUGCUACGCUGCACCGGUCACCUCCCUGUCUGUUGCCGCUGCUGCUGCUGCGUUUCUUGCUGCUGCCUGCUGCUGCUGCCUAUGGUGUUGCUGCUGCUGUUGCAGCUGUCUCCUCUUGGGCUCGUGCUACCCUCCACCGGGGGGACCCCCCUGCAGCAAUAGCAGGGGAGCUGCACGUGCCCAUCAACGGGGCCCCCAAAGGGGGCCCCUUCAAGGGGGCCCCAGAGUGGGGGCCCCCCACAGAGAACAAAGUGUAG